AUGCAAGAACAAGAAAUAAAAAACAUUAAUAGUGAAAAAAUAGAGGAAUCUAAUGAAUGUAAUAAUAAAAUGACCACCACAACUACAACUUUAAAUAAUGAAGAGGAAUCAAAUAAAAUUACAAUUGAAAAUAGUGUAACAGUAAAUUCAAAACCAACCAUUAGUCAUAGUAAUAGCAACUCAAGUAACUCAAGCAGCAAUAAUAAUAAUAGUAAUAAUGAUAUAGUUAAAUUAGAGCCAUAUCCAAAUGUAAUGGGUAAAUUUCCAAUUCAUGAAGCGGUAUAUAAAAAUGAUUUAGAAACAUUAAAACAAUUUUUUGGGGAAGAGAGUUUAGUAAAUACAUCAAUCUCUAGUAAUACCAAUAAUAAUAAUGGCGAGGAAGAUGAUGACGAUGAUGAAGAUGAUACAGAUCCACAUAAUACAAGUUCUGUAUCAAACAAUGGCAAACCAUCAAUUAACGAUAGAGAUGAUCAAGUAUCGUGUAUUACUGGUAGAAAGAUUGCAAAACAAUUAAUUGCAAAAGGUAGCAAGGUUAAUGCACCAGAUAAUACAGGUCAAACACCAAUAUUUUAUGCAGCAAAAUCAGGCCACCCAAAGAAUGUUACAUCACUAUUACGUUUAGGUGCUAAUGCAACAGUUAAAGAUUAUCAAAACCGUACACCAUUACAUUUUUCGCUAGAUAUUGCCAAUAGUACUAUUAGCUCAAUGUUAGUUUCAGCAGGUGCAGAUGUUACACUCCGUUAUAAAUAUGGUCAAAAAGGUGAACGUCCAGUUUCACCAAGAAAAGCGGGUCAAUGGAAAGGUGAAAACAAUACAAUCGACGAUGAGGAGUAUGCUCAAGCUGAUCUCUACGGUUUCUUACCAGAUGUCUCAUCAAACUCUACACAAAUGAAAAGAUGGAAUGAAAUUAAAGACUACUAUAUGAACCUAAUGAAAGUAAAUCUUAGUAAAGAUAAAAGACUCGAAAAGAGAUGGGUUAAAUUACUUCGUUCUUGGUCCUCAAAUGGUAAAAAGAGUAAAGUUCAAAAUUUAGGUUGGAAAGGUGUACCCGAAUCAACUAGAGGUGUUUUAUGGAAAUUAAUUUUAGAUCCAACAAAGACCAAAUUAGAAUCAAAAGUAAACUAUGAACAACUUUUAGAGAGGGACUCUGAUUUUGUCAAACAAAUCGACUUGGAUAUAGAUAGAACCUACAGGAACCAUAUUAUUUUUAGAGAACGUUUCAAUCAAGGACAACAACAACUAUUUAAUGUUUUAAAGGCCUAUAGUAUUUAUGAUCAAGAUGUUGGUUAUUGCCAAGGCAUGUCAAGUAUCGCCUCACUUUUAUUAAUGUAUAUGACCGAAGAAGAAGCCUUUUGGAGCUUGGUUUCAUUAAUGGAAAACCCACGUUAUCAAUUCCGUGGUUUAUUUUUACCAUCAUUCCCAUUGCUCUACAGAAACUAUGCCAUUCACGAAAUUUUAAUGCACGACGAACUCCCAAAAAUUCAGUCCCAUUUCAGUGUUGAGGGUAUUACAACCUCAAUGUAUGCCACCAAAUGGUUCCUUACCAUCUUUUCUGGUAAUAUUCCUUUCCCUCUUUUGGUUAGAUUUUGGGAUUUGGUUUUAUUAAAUGGUUACUAUAUUGUACACAGUCUUUCAAUUCAUGUAUUACGUAGUCAUCAAGAUAUCCUCUCAAAAGAUCCAUUUGAAAAAAUUUUAAAUUUCUUUUCGACCCUCGAACAAUCUGAAAUUGACGUUAACAAUUUUAUAAAAAAUUGUAAAAAACAUAAAAUUUUAGAGAAAAAAAUCGAAAAACUCAACAAAAAAUAUGAUUUGCAACAACAAAAUUUAGGAAAAGAAAUCAAAAAUUUAACAACUACAACAAAUACAAGUUCAAGUAGUUUAAAUUCAAUUUCAAAUUUAAAUUAA